GCGGAAGACGGAAUCGAGAAGCUCCAAAGACGAGGAGAAGGGAGAGGGAGAGAGUGAGAGAAACGAAGCGAUGACGCUGGGGAUGAUCAACGCGCACCCGGUGGUGCACGCGAAGAAGGAGAGGGUCGCCCGCUCGGAGGAUCUCCACUCCGACGACGCCCUUGAUGCCCUCGAUGUCUUUGAUUCGGUGAGGGAUAUCAAGGACCCGGAGCACCCUUACUCGUUGGAGCAGCUCAGCGUUCUUUCGGAGGAAUCCAUCACCGUUGAUGAAAAGCUCGGCCGCAUCAAGAUAACCUUCACUCCAACGGUUAAACACUGCAGUAUGGCCACAGUUAUUGGUUUGUGUCUAAGGGUUAAGUUAAUUCAGUCUUUUCCUCCACAUUUCAAGGUUGAUAUCAAUGUAUCUCCGGGAUCUCUUGCGGACGAAGAAGCAGUUAAUAAGCUGUUGAAUGACAAGGAGAGAGUGUGUGCAGCGCUGGAGAAUCCGAGCCUCCGUCAACUUGUGGAUGAGUGCCUCUACUCCAAUGAACUAUAUUCACUUUAGUUUGUUUUCUCAUGACCCUGCCUAUAAAAUAAAUGUGUCCCUCAAAGUGAUAUGUUUAGAAGUUCACAUUCUGGAUAUAUAAUUAUAGCAGGUUUGUUAGGGUCCUUUUGUUGUAAGCUGUCUAACAUAUAUGUCUGCACCAUCUACUAUUCUCUAUAAUCUUGUGUUGUUUAUUGA